GCGGCACAGCUGUUGUCCACGUGUAUCGCAGGGCAACAUGGCGCCACGCAAAGAAAGUAGGGUUAAUGUCAACUCGGGAAAUUCUUCAAAGAAAACUCGGAAGAACUGGGUAGCAGAUCAUUUGGAAUGGCGAUAUCUCGUUUCUCUGCUAACCGAGCCGAGACGACUGCCGGCGACGGCGAUAUCGUUCAUCAUCUUGGAGAUAGUGUUGAAUGUGCUGGUUAUCAGAAAUGUGCCAUAUACAGAGAUCGACUGGAAGGCGUACAUGCAGGAGAUCGAGGGUUUCCUCAACGGAACCCUCGAUUACUCGAAAUUGAGAGGUGACACCGGACCGCUGGUUUAUCCCGCCGGAUUCGUUUACGUCUUCUCCGGUUUGUACUACAUAACCUCGCACGGCACGGAGAUGAGAACGGCGCAAUAUUUGUUCGCGGCUCUCUAUGUGAUCACGUUGACUCUGGUCUUUCGAAUUUACGCGAGGACCAAAAAAGUGCCACCCUACGUUCUCAUUCUGAUGUGUUGCACUUCUUAUCGAAUACAUUCGAUAUUUAUUUUGAGACUGUUCAACGAUCCCGUAGCGAUGGUGCUGUUAUUCGCGAGUAUCAAUGCGUUCUUGGACAACCGUUGGUACUUGGGUAGCGUGCUAUAUAGUCUCGCCGUGUCAGUUAAGAUGAACAUAUUGUUGUUUGCUCCGGCGCUUCUUAUCGCGUAUCUGUGUGUAUUAGGCAAGUUCAAAACAUUGAUACACUUAUCUGUUUGUGCAUUUGUACAGUUGAUUCUUGGCCUUCCAUUUUUGCUAGAAAACCCAAUUGCAUAUCUAAAAGGUUCCUUCGACUUGGGUAGAGUUUUUGAAUAUAAAUGGACUGUAAACUGGCGAUUCCUACCAAAAGAUAUAUUUGUUCAUCCAUACUUUCAUAUUUCUUUGUUACUUUUGCAUGUCUUAACAUUGCUUUAUUGUGCAUCCAAUUGGACCACUUAUAUGAAAUCAUACGCAACAUUGAAACUUGUUGAGAAAAACUUGAGACCUCAGCUCCGUAGUAAAGAGAAAGUAGAUACAUCAACAGUGAGCCAGUUAUUUAUCUAUCCUUUCUUUGUUGCAAAUUUCAUCGGUGUUAUGUUUAGCAGGUCACUGCAUUAUCAAUUUUACAUAUGGUACUAUCAUACAUUACCGUAUAUCGCAUGGUGCACCCACUAUAAGACUGCCUUUAAAUUGACUAUCUUAGGCGUGAUAGAAUUAUGUUGGAACACAUAUCCAAGUACAGUUUUCAGUAGUGCAGCUUUGCACCUGUGCCACAUUGUUCUACUAUAUGGAAUUCUGAAAAAUAGAUCGAGUAACGCGAAGAAAGAGUAAGAAAUGAUAAAAUCAAUCUUUUAUCUUUAUUGCCUUCCUAUAUAAUCAUGAUAUAUGAUGCGAAAGAAAGAGAAAGUGUGUAUGUGUAGAAAUGUAAGAAAGUGAGAGUGAGAAAAAGCGUAUACUUAUAAUCAAGUUUUCCCACAUAUGCCAUUAUAUUCAUGUUCUGAAAUGUAUGAGACACUACUCAUUCAUUCGUGAUUUCGUCAUUUUUACAGGGUUGUUGUAACAUAAUAACUUGUAUACUUACGAGUAUGCAUGUAUAUAAAGUGUAUCUUUUGUACAUAAACGAAAUAAAUUAAA